CCGAGUGAACGGCAUGGCUACCGCCAUUCGAUCGCGCGUUCACAACGGGUCUCUAGAUUCAUCUCAGCCGCUGAUUGGGGUGGAAAAUAGCCAGAGUCACGAGGCCUUGUCAAAAGGCUACUCCAAUGCUGGCCUCACAUGUUCAUGGAUCCCCUGUAUAGUGUAAACAAUAUCUGGUCAAAAGCGGUAACCCAAUCUAGUGUGUACACAAUAUUAUAUCAACGUAAUAUCUAUAUUUUGCACGCAUGCACGUGUGCCUAUAAAGUAAAGGGUUUUGUACAUGUACUUAUAAAUUGCAGGCAUCCAUGCUGUUUAGCUUGGUUGAUUCCACUUAAUUAUUCUCGAUAAAGCAACCAGUCAUGAAUGACAUGAACCACUUCCGACGAAAGGCCUCACUAAAACUGAACCUGUCUUAUUGGUCUUUCUUCCUCUUACUGGUGAGUUCUCAAUCUUGCAAUGGAGCGCGGUUUCUCCUCCCGUCCAUUAAGUUGAUGCGUACACCAAGCCACCACAUCGCACUCACCACUAUCACUCAGGCCCUCGUCCAGCGCGGCCAUGACGUGACUCUACUGAUCAUUGACAACCUGAAUGUGGGUGGCCUUCUGCCAGAUUCAUACACGUCUAAGAUUACCUUACCGAAUCCUAUGACGGAGGAGGAACUCCAGGAGCUCGAUUACUUGAGAAACACGCUUUCGGAAAUGAUUAACAUGACAAAGCUUGAAGUAAUGCAAGAUCCAAGACCAUGGAAAUUGAGCGGCCUAGAUGCGUUUGCAUGUGAUGAGCUGUUUAAGAACACUGGUCUUCUAGAACAGCUCCAGCGUGAACGCUUUGAUAAACUGAUAACCUUUCCUGUAAUGGACACCUGUGAUACAGUUCUUGCCGCCUACUUAGACAUACCAUAUAUUGUUCUAACUGGUACGCGAAGAGUUGUAAGCUUCCACGAAGGAAUGCUUGGUAUUCCAACUCCAGUUUCCUACGUGCCAUUCAGUAUCUUCACGCCAGAGCUGGGUGACCGCAUGACUUUCUUUCAACGCGUCAAGAAUGCAGUAAUGUUUUAUGGUGUACACGUAAUUAUUGAGUACUUCAGUAUCUAUCGUCCUAUCCGUCAGAUGCAACGCACUUACGGCAUCCGACCGGACCUGACUCCGUGGCAGAUGAUCAGCAGGGCAGAAUUAUGGUUGUGUCAUAACACUUGGGCCUUGGAAUACCCGAGACCCAUCGCUCCAAACUGGAUCCCGAUAGGUGGAUUCACCAUCAAAGAACCCAAACCACUCCCAGAGGAUCUAGAGACAUUCGUCGAAGGGUCUGGAGAACAUGGGUUCGUUAUCUUCACGUUGGGAUCAUCGGCAAACAAUAUUGGGAGCAACGCCCUCACCGAUAUAUUUUCGAAGGUUUUCAGCGAAUUGUCACAGAGGGUCAUAUGGAGAUACGUUGGUCCUACACCACGUUACCUUGGCAACAACACACUGAUCUCUGAUUGGCUUCCACAGAAUGACCUUUUAGCUCAUCCCAAAGCUCGACUGCUUAUCUACCAUGCGGGGAGUGCAGGGGUUCACGAGGCCAUCAAUCAAGGCGUUCCGAUGCUCCUCAUGCCGCUGGGUGGUGAUCAGCCUCCGAACGCUCAUCUGGUAGAAGCGAAAGGGAUGGGUCUCGCUCUGGAUGUGAAUGAUUUAGAUGAAGAUAGGAUAAGGACGAGUAUUAACACCCUUCUCAAUGAUGAGAGCUACAAGAUUAAUGCGAAGCGGGCAUCUGGUAUCCUUCGAGACCAACUAGCCAGUCCGCUGGACACGGCGGUAUUCUGGAUAGAGCACGUGGUCAAGUAUGGUGGCGAUCAUCUGCGUCUACGAUCUACUGAAAUGGGUUUCAUCCAGCUCAACUCACUCGACGUAGUCGCAUUUCUAGUCGUUUUAUUGUUAAUAGGAUUAUACAUUGAUUAUUUAAUGAUAAGAGGGUGUUAUAGGUGCCUAUGUAGAAAAACGGUGAAACAAAAAAGUGACUAACCUUCAGGCUAAUCCUUGCAUUUUUUUAUAUUUAGACAAGGAAACUUUGAAUGCAAGUUGACUUUGUGCAAGAAUUUAUAUUUUAAAAUUCACAAAAUUCCCUUUUCCUAGAUUUAUUAUAGGGAGAUUAAGUUUGAUAUCGUUGCAUACACGCAUGAAACUGUAACUUUUUAUUUUUGAUAAGAACCAAUAAUGAAAACAUUGUUAAUGAUAACUAGAGUAAAGGUUAUAGGUACAAUCACAA